AUGAAGACUCUCCUCGCCGUGCUCAUCCUGUUGGCUGCUGUCAUACACAGUGACGGCCUGAAGUGUUACUCGUGUGUGGCGAGUAACUCAGACGAGUGUUUCCGGCAGGGCUCCACUGUGUGUCCCGCUCAUGCAGACGCCUGCUCCACUAUUACAAGCCACAACUCUGUAAUGAAGUCAUGCGCUUAUAAGUCGUUCUGUGACAAGUCUCACAUGAGCAAUGGAGAGAUGAAGCUGGAGUGCUGCUAUAAUGACGACUGCAAUGGUCCUCAUCGCUCCCACAGUCACGGGGAGCACGGCAGCGCCCUGAGCCUGAGCUCCAGCCCUAUCCUGCUGCUGACCGUCCUGCUGAUCCCUUUGACCCUCAGCUCAUUCUAA